AUGUCUCGGGCAAGAAGCGAAUUUCGGUUUAUUCUGUACGCGGGCGGUAUAUUUGUUUGCUAUUUUAUUUUUGCAAUGUUACAAGAGAAAAUUACACGUGGAAAGUAUGGUGAUGGGGACAAGUUCACAUGUACUCUAUCUUUGGUGUUAGUUCAGUGUAUUGUGAACUAUGUAUUCGCGCAAAUACUAAUGGUGUCGUGGAAACAUGAAGUUGAUACAACUAAGAAAGUGUACUACUUUUCAUCAGCUCUGACCUACUUGUUGGGUAUGAUCAGCUCUAACAUGGCCCUGCAAUGGAUAAAUUACCCGACACAGGUUGUAGGCAAAGCAGCUAAACCAAUUCCAGUUAUGGUUCUUGGAGUAUUAAUUGGUCACAAAUCAUAUCCUCUCAAGAAAUAUUUAUUUGUGCUCUUGAUUGUUAUCGGAGUAGUACUGUUCAUGUACAAGGAUCAAGUCAAGAAAGGCUCAGAUGAUUCGCAAGGUUUUGGUGUCGGUGAAUUGCUAUUGAUUCUGUCUCUCACAAUGGAUGGUCUUACUGGUGCUGUCCAGGAAAGAAUCAAAAGUGAAUCUUCGCCUACAGCCUACUCCAUGAUGUUAAACACUAAUUGGUGGUCCACCAUUAUCCUGUCCAUCUGUAUCCCGCUGACUGGUGAAAUAUCCAGAUUCACAACCUUUGUAUCAACAUAUCCUGAGGUGCUACUGUACCUUGCUGGUUUGGCGUUUAUGGGAGCUUUAGGACAGCUAUUCAUAUUUUUCAUGGUGUCCGAGUUUGGCCCACUUCCAUGCUCCGUUGUGACAACGACAAGAAAGUUCUUCACCGUUCUAGCAUCUGUUAUUAUAUUUGGUAAUGUGCUCCUGGGGCGUCAAUGGAUUGGAGCUAUCUUCGUGUUUUCAGGUAUACAUUUUCACUUUAUUGGGUUGAAAAUUUGUGUGGCCAUAAAAUGAAAAAAGUAGAUCUGAAUACACCACGGAAUAACUAGGCUGUUGGGACAUGAGUUUAAAUAAGAAGUCAA